AUGACAUCCCACUCAACCAAAUUUCGAUUCAAAUCAAAGAGGACGCGUGGAGAGGAUGAAAAUGGACAAACUCCAGAGAGUUAUAGCGAAGAAAGACGUCACCGUCAUCAUCACCGCUCAAAACGAAGCAAGAGAUCACCCUCUGUGACCAAAGAUGAUCCAUCCCUCUACGAUGAUACGCACCUUCCUAAUACCUCAUCAAAUCAAUACCUCGACCCAGAUGUUGCAUUCAGGGAGAGUUUGUUUGAUGCUAUGGCCGAUGAUGAAGCCGCACAGUAUUGGGAGGGCGUUUAUGGACAACCGAUUCAUACAUAUCCUGACGUCAAGCAAGGUCCGGCAGGCGAACUGGAGCAAAUGACAGAUGAGGAAUAUACAUCAUAUGUCAGAGGUAAAAUGUACGAGAAGACCCAUCAACAUUUGAUAGAGGAAAAGGCUCGACGUGAAGCAGCCAAGAAGGAGCGAGAACGGUUGGCUCAAGAAGGUAGGAAAGGGGAGAGAGAGGCUGAACGAUUCAGGAAACAGGUCGAGGAGAGUUUAAAGAGGGGUCAAGAUAGGAGGUCAAGGAAGGUUUGGGCGGCAAAAUGGGAUAAUUACAUCAAGAAAUGGGAAGAACUUGGGAAGAAUUCCUCGAAAGUUGCGAUCGCAUCCAUACCCUGGCCAGUGGAAAGUGGCAGCCGAAAGGAUGUUAAACUUGAGGAAAUCAGACGGUUUUUCUUAUAUGCACCAAGCUCUGGACAACCUACGGAAUCACAUAUCACGAAAACAUUGAAACUGGAAAGAGUUCGGUGGCAUCCUGACAAGAUCCAACAGAAAUUGGGAGGGCAAGAUGUUGAUGAAGGGGUGAUGCAAGCUGUCACUGCCGUUUUCCAAAUCGUUGAUGGAAUGUGGUCGGAAAGCAAAAUUGGGGAAUGA